AUGACUGUGUUAUCCGUCAAAGAGAACUUAACAUCACAAGAAAACCAAAAGCAUCAAUUUCCCGUGAACUAUGCUUAUGACUACCUCAAUGGGGGUAUUGGGUAUCUUUCCCUUCCACCUCUAACCCUCAAUAAACUUCUGCAAAACAAGGAAUUCCUUCAAAUGGCAGGUCAACGUGAUCACAGCGGGAAGUACACUCAACGGAGUGACAACGCUAUUGAUAUUUUCCCAUUGACGGCUGGCCUUCCCUGGGCAACCGGUAUCCUGUCAUGUCGCCAAAACAAGCACUGGAACGUAAGCAUAGAGACGACAAGAAUAUUCCUUCAACACCUCGCUGCUGAUAAGUCGACACAAGACCUGUACAAAUCUGGACAUUCAGUCGCCGAGAUCUCACAAAAGGAACUCGAUUCAACCCUAGAGGAAGGCUGGGUCAAGUUCCCAACCUACCUGUUUCCUGAGGGCGAUAAAGAGCGCACCAAGCUUCUAGCCGCCGUUAAUGUUUUUAUCUUCGUGUUUGAUGAUUUCUGGGAGAUGCACGAUAUUACCUCAGUAAGCGAGCUAGACAAGGCAUGCAUACUUAUCCCGAAGUAUAAGCUCACAAAUAGUGUGUCAAAGUUCACCAAAGUGCAAGACGAGUUUAUCGCCCGUAUGCAGCCCCGUUUGAAUAACAUCACUUCACCGAAGACGAAGCUGCAGGUAUUGAUUGACCAAGCAAUUGAAGAGAUUUACGGAGUGGACCGAGCCUCUGGUAAUACUGCUGGUCAGGAAAUGUUGGAGCUUAUGGUGCGUUUCUUCUCCCGACCACCUCCACCGACACAAUACAAAGAUAUGGAGGAUUUCUUGUUGUAUCGGCAUGAGGAUGCGGCGGUCCCGUACGUUCUCGGCUGUACCAAAUUCUCCCUUAAUUCCUCUGUCGACCUAGACAGUCCUCGACUUGCGAGAUACCUCCGCCUUGUGAAAGACCAUGUCUCAGUGGCAAAUGACCUGGGGUCUUGGGAAAAGGAGAAGAAAGCCUUUGACACUGGCAAGGUCCUUUACAUGAUCAAUGCGGUUGAUGUGGUUAAAGACCUCUUCAAGUUGCCUUCGUACAGCGCAGCCGUAGCGAUGACACAGGCUUUCCAGCUACAGAUUGAGGUUGAAAUAAAUGCAGAAAUUGAGCGACUAAUUGAUCAGGAUGAUCUCAACAACGAGGAAUGGCGAUUUAUUGAUGCCACACUUCAUGUUAUGAGUGGAAACGUUUUUGUCUCCACCGUUAUGUCAAGGUACGGAGGAGAGAAAUUCAAGCUUUCUGGUACCCAGUAA